CCAAUAGUUAGAACGAUAAUUUUAUCAAUAACCAAUAGGUAUUUAUGUUGGGCGGGAUCUUACUUUGAGUGCAAGCAAAGGGAAUAAAUCAGAAAUCAGCCGUUCAAACUAGCUAAUAUUUACGAACGGUCAUGUAGCUAAUAUUGAUGAUGGAUUAUCGAAAAUUAUUUAACGGUGGAUACGGAGACAGAAACUCUGAUCAUCACUAAACACAACAUCAGGGGCCGGCAACCUCUAUUUCCACUGUAGGUGUACGACCAGUGUACCUGUGGGGCCACCAUGUCUCUCGCUCAGAGAGUCCUCCUCACCUGGAUCUUCACCCUGGCCUUCCUCAUCAUGCUCGUCCUCAAACUCGAUGGCAAAGUCCACUGGAACUGGUUCCUCACCUUUCUACCCGUAUGGGUCUUCGACGGCAUCCUCCUCCUCAUGUUACUCGUCAAGAUGGUCGCCAGGUGUAAAGCGGGACACGACCCUCGUAACGGCUCCCAGGACCUGAAGAAGGAGGCCUGGUACCUGGCGUCCAUGCUGCUGAAGCUGGGCUUCUGUCUGACGCUGUGCGCCCGGCUGGAGAAGCUUACCCAUAUCAAGCUCACCUUUGUGUGUAUUCCUCUGUGGUGCAUGUUGCUGGGAGCCAUGGUGGAGCUGGGCUAUAACAUCUUCCCCGACAGGAGAGAGGCAUGAGAGAUGGAUUGAGGAGAAUGGAAAGGAGGAGGCUCUUCAGAGAAGGCUGGAAGGAACACACACAAACCUGAUUCUGUCGUGUGGUUAUUUCAGCUGUUUGCAAAAUCACAAACUCUCCUUCAUUUGUUAUGACAUGAAGUGUUAUCCCGUUGACCAAGCUUUGCUCUCGUGCCAACAGUACUGCUUAUCAGAGAACAGAUCAGAGACUGUGUCUUCAGGAGGUUAUAAAACAGAUGUAAUUACAGGUCAUGUAGAUGUCAGAUAAACUAAUACAAUCUAGCAAAGACAUGUCACAUUGCUCACUAAGGAUUUCCAGACAUUUUCCUUGACGUCAGCAUCUUCUGUGUUGUAAACUCUUUCAUACUUUGUGGGACGACAUGAUUGUCGUAGUGUUUGGAAGACGGAGCUCAUCCUAUGUAAAGCCAUUCAGUUUAAAUGUGAUCUACCUGUAGUGUUUGGAAGACGGGCCUCAUCCUAUGUAAAGCCAUUCAGUUUAAAUGUGAUCUACCUGUAGUGUUUGGAAGACGGGCCUCUUCCGAUGUAAAGCCAUUCAGUUUAAAUGUGAUCUACCUGUAGUGUUUGGAAGAUGGGGCUCUUCCGAUGUAAAGCCAUUCAGUUUAAAUGUGAUCUACCUGUAGUGUUUGGAAGACGGGCCUCUUCCGAUGUAAAGCCAUUCAGUUUAAAUGUGAUCUACCUGUAGUGUUUGGAAGACGGGACUCAUCCUAUGUAAAGCCAUUCAGUUUAAAUGUGAUCUACCUAUAGUGUUUGGAAGACGGGCCUCUUCCGAUGUAAAGCCAUUCAGUUUAAAUGUGAUCUACCUGUAGUGUUUGGAAGACGGGCCUCUUCCGAUGUAAAGCCAUUCAGUUUAAAUGUGAUCUACCUGUAGUGUUUGGAAGACGGGCCUCUUCCGAUGUAAAGCCAUUCAGUUUAAAUGUGAUCUACCUGUAGUGUUUGGAAGAUGGGGCUCUUCCGAUGUAAAGCCAUUCAGUUUAAAUGUGAUCUACCUGUAGUGUUACUGUUUCCUUUUAAUUUUCACCAUUUGAAUAGUUUGUUUUGACAUCAAUCUGCAUAUUAUUUAUUUUCCUUUCAGUAUUGUGUGAAUAAAUGGAUGUCACUAUUGUUCCAAACUAAAACAUGCUCUG